GUUUAACGGACUGACCGCUUGUGUUUGCAAAUAUAAAUUAAAAUGUACAAGUUUACGAUUGUCGUGGUGGCGUUAGUCGCCGUAGCGGCUGCCUAUCCAGGUCACGGCGGCGGUUAUGAUAAUCAUGGCGGUGACUAUGGAAAUGGCGGCGGCUUUGGAUUUGGCGGCGGCUUUGGAUAUGGAGGCGGUGGAUUUGGACAUGGAGGCGACGGAUAUGGGCAAGAUCACGGUCACGGCGGAUUCAACCAAGGUUACGGCCAUGGCCACCAAGGAAGUUAUGACUAUGGACACGGCGGCCAUGGCGGAUAUGGUCACGGUGGACACGAUGAUCAUCACCAUCAUCAUCAUUAUUAGAUAUAGAAUAGGUAUUUCUAUAAUAGCGAUUUUGUUGUCUUCUUAUAUUGACAGUUUAGUAAGAUCUAACAGUAUCUCAUACCAGAUUCACAAUAUGUUUAGUUUAUAAACUAGUUAUAACUAGUUUUAACACAUAAUGCUACUUCGAAACAGCUGAUAGAACUAAGUAACUAGUCGAAUGUUUUGUCGCUGUAGUGAGUGCACGGAACAAAUCUAGAUAUUGCCCCGGCGUCGCUUGCAACCGCUGUAGGUUCUUUAUCAUGCACCGAAUUACUUGUUUUUUCUUUUAUACGAUAUAUUUCCCAAUAGACCAUGGAUAUUAUAACUGGAUUGAUAAUGUAAGACGAAAAAAUACCGUAUAUAUAAAGGAGAAGUCAACUGGUUGUAAUAAUGUAAAUUGUUGUUAUAUAUUGUGCAAUAUCCAUCGACAUAUACUGCGUAAAGACCGUGCAGACCGACCCUAAGCCUAAACCUUGUUAUUGAAGUUGAAACUACUUAAAACUAGUUUACAGUAGCUAAUUAAAUGUCUUCACUAGUUUUUUCUACUAUGACAGCUUUACCUUCGAAAUGCCAUAUCUUUACAAAUAAAUCUAUGGCAAUAAUCUAAAAACAUUGUAAUAAUUAAUGCGUUAAUAAUAUUUUUUUUUUUAAAUGCAACCAUCAUAAAAUCUAAUGCGACAACAUUCUACCCAACCUAGUGCAUUCAUUAGUGAACAAGGCUAUUUAUU